CCGAAACUGACUGGCUCGGUAAGAGGUGUGGGAGUCUGGAUCCAGGUUCGGCUUCUCUCUCUCAUCAUACGAUAAUUUCAGGGUUUUCGAUUGUUUUUGAGAUGGGAGCUAGGGUUCAAGUGCAGCAUUACAAUUUGGGAUCAGCUGAUUCUUACAUAGGUAGCUCUCUACACGAUCUCAACUCUGUUGAUGGUACUCCUAGAGAUAUUGACGCCAUGGGAGACGCCGUUGUUCGUGACGGCGAUAGCUUGGACAACGACGGCCAUUCUUCUUCCGCUAACUGUAUGCACGAAUCAUACACAAACGCUCUGCAAAUCCACAACGACGGAGUUGAAGAAGAUGGAUCUAACAUGGAUAACAAGGAACCUUCUGGAACUUCUUACAAUAUGUUAACCAUUGAAGAUGUUUCACCAAUUGAAACAGCACGAGGGAGGUUUCUCCAAAUCAUCAUUGAUUACUUUAUAAGCCAACAUGUGGUUGAAGUCAGUGAGAACAAAAGUGAUCAUGAGACUGAUUCAAGUAGUAGUAUUAAAGGCAAGAGGAAGUCAGAUGAUACACGGUAUGAAGGUGACCCGAGUCUUGCAUUGCCGUUGAUGUAUAUUGCAAAUUUAUACGAGACUUUGGUCGGUGAAGCAAAUUUGAGAGUUGCUUCAUUGAGUGGUAUAAGGGAGAAGAGUCUUGGGGUUGCUCUUGAAGCAGCUGGUGGCUUGUAUAGAAAACUAACCAAGAAGUUUCCUAAGAAAGGUACUUGCAUGUACAAAAGAAGAGAACUUGCAACAUCACUUGAAACAAGGACAAGGUUUCCAGAAUUGGUAACACAUGGAGGAGAGAAACGAGUUCGGUUUGUGGUGGUUAAUGGUUUGGAUAUCGUUGAAAAACCGGAUGGUAUACCUAUUGAAGAUGCUGAAUGGUUUAAGCGGUUAACAGGCCGUAAUGAAGUAGCUGUCUCUCCUAGAGAUUAUAAAUUCUAUUGCCCUCGACACAAGCAUAGGCGUGCUCAAAGCUCUGCCUGCAGCAUCCUUGCCUUACCUACAUUUCCAGGUUUGGAUUCAUCACAAGGGUUUCGCUCUGUUAGUGAAGAUCAAAGUCAACAACAACAACAACAACACACUUCUCCUUCUCAUCAGUUUCACCAACCUAUUCACCAGGGUCACCACCACCAUCAACAUCAAUCUAUUUACCAAAGUCAACACGCAGCUGCACAUUUUCCGGGUCAAAACCAUCAAUGCGACCCUGAACUGUCUCAAGCCCAACACCAGUCACCAUCUAUUUCACAGCAUAUGGCUUGCUUGCAGCCUCUCACCGGAGGCAUUGUCAUGGCAACUGGUCCUGCGAAAUUCUGUGACCAAUGUGGAUCACAGUACCUGAGAGAGACCUCAAAAUUCUGCUCAGAGUGUGGUGCCAAGAGGCUUGGGAUAUAGCAGAGACAUAUUUAAAUCUCAUUCAAGUUACUUGUUACAACAAAAAUUAAAACCUCAAUGCAUAUUGACGUAAAGCUCUUAGAAAACAUAAAAUUAUAUCUAAUUUAUUCACAAAAUUUAUUCA